AUGGUCAGCACCAGAAGCAGUUCUCGCGGCUCUAAUAAGCCACUCUCUCCAACUCGUGGUCAGCAGCGUAGCUCGGCCAACGCUGAAGCUUCACACCAGCUUUUGAAUGCUGCUUCUCAAGCAGGAAGCAAAACAAACAAAUCGCAGUCUUCCAAGAAGUCUGCUUCUCAAGCACAAAACAAAACAAACAAAUCACAGUCCUCCAAGAAGUCUAAUUCCAUUGAACCUACUGUUCUGAGGAGGUCAGCCAGACUUUCAGGUGCGUCACCUUCGCAAGCUAGCUUGAAGGUAUUGCAGUCUCCCGAGGAGCUGCCCCCAACACAGCACCACACUGUCCAAAAAAUCCCAGCAGCAAAGUCAGAGCCUGUGGCCCAGAAAGCCAAUUCAAAAAACUCCAGGAAGCGUCGUUUCACAGACCCCCUUCUAGAAACACCGGUUGUAAACACGGAAGCUUUGCACCAACAGGCCAAGGCUCAUAAGGAGCCUUCCUCAGGAGAGCGAGCUCCGAAAAAGGCCAGGACCACCAGCCCAGAAGCGUCGCUGCCACAAGCCGCCCCACCGAACGAGCCAGAGUCCCCGGAGACUGUGGCCGCGGAAAUCCCAUCCGCGGCACUGCCUCCGAGGACAAUCAGGCUUAGAAAGAAGCCAGAAGAUGACGAUGAGUGUAUCGGGGAUACACUCAUCGAACAUGUGUGGACCCAGACGGUCCACCGAAAAUUCGCUAACCCGGAUUGGUUGGCCGAACUACGGGGUCGCGGCAUCACGAAGAUGUCGGACCUGCCAGGGUUCGACGGUAAGGGGAGGAUCUCGAGGUUUAAACUCGGGAUCAAAAAGUUCUUCGAGGAAGAACUUGGCAAUGAGUUCGAGGAGGAGUGGGAGAAGGAGUGGAAGAACCAGGUGGGGACGAUGGAGGACGUGGAUUUUAAAUGGGCCAUCGAUGAGGACACGCGAAUGUCCUUCCAUUAUGGAUGGCAAGAAGAAAGGGAGGACGAGGACGAGGAUGAAGAUGAGGAGGCGACGCCCGGCGGAGCCACGGCUGGAAAACGCCGGCGAAGUCUCUCCGAUAAAGGAGGUCUUCCUCCCAAAAGGGGGAUGGUCCUCCUUAAUCGGGAGACAACGCCGGAGUAUCUCCAGCCGGAACGCAGCCUGGGGAGCCGGGCAAUGAGGAAGUUGAGCGAGGAGACUCGACUUGUGCUCGGCCAAGUCGAGCAUUUUUUGGAACUCUACGAGGAGGAGUUGUGUGAGGAGGGGGGGCCGAGUUUUUGGAGGACUCGGCUCCAGGGGGUCGAGCAACGUCUGGAGGAGCUUGGAGACAAGCUCCAAAAGAUGUCGGAGGUGAUGGGGGGACCGAAUCCCCGGAUGAAGGUUUAUCCGGGGAGGAAGUGGGGGAGGAAGACGUCUGUUGGGGUUCCCCACCCCUAG